AUGGAGAAACACGAUCAGAAUGCCGUUGUUGCGAUCAUCGGAGUGGGAUAUGUUGGCGAACAUCUCAUGGAAGUCUUCUCUUCCGCUUACCAGGUUAUCGGAUACGACGUCUCGGUUUCCCGGAUAGAACGAUUGCGAUCGAAGCACUCACAGAGAGACAAUGUCAAAUUCUCGACCGAUGAGAGGGAUUUGAAGGACGCGGCACACUUUCUCGUCUGCGUACCGACCACCCUGGGAUUGAGCGGGCAAGUAGACUCAUCACAUGUCCGCAACGCGAUAGACAUGCUGCAACGCUACGCAACCAGCAAAUCGAUAGUAGUCAUAGAAAGUACCGUCGCCGUCGGCAUGACAAGAGCUCUCCUUGGGCCGCUGGCCGGAUCCCGCGGCAUCCUUGCGGGGAUGUCACCAGAGAGGAUCGACCCAGGCCGAAUUGAGCCGCCGCCUAGAUCAAUACCAAAGGUCGUCUCGGGGCUCGACGACAUUGUUCCGGGCUCGCUGGAUGCCAUUGUACGAUUGUAUGAGACGGUCUUUGAUACUGUGAUCCCUGUCAGCAAACCCGAAGUCGCGGAAAUGUCAAAAUUGCUUCUCGUCGCCGGAGUCGGUUUCAAGCCCGGGCAGUCGGACCUGUCACACUCGCCAGGCCUGCAGUUGCUGAAUUACAUGCGACAGUCUGGCGAGGGCAUUCGCAUGACACAUCCAAACUUUGCUGGUCAACAUGCGUGUCUUUGGGACUAUGGGUUAGCUUGCGAUGGCACCCAAUGGCCUCCAGGAUUCAAUACAUCAGAUACGCCUCGACCGAAGCUGGGAGAUGUUCCCUAUGGAACGAAGAUCUUCAAUUGCAAAGUGGAAGAUACGCUUGCCCUCACGUACGAUGAUGGCCCGCGGGAGUGGACAGCGGAUUUGCUGGACAUCCUGAAGGCCAACGGCGUCAAAGCGACGUUCUAUAUCAGAACAAUCAAUCUGUACUGGGAGCUGAUAGCCCACAAGUUCGACGAGAGGUCUGCGCUGAUUAGAAGGAUAUACAAGGAAGGACACCAAAUUGCGGGGCAUACCUGGGGCCACAAGGACCUGGACAAGAUGACUCCGCACCAGCGCAGAGACGAACAGAUAAAAGCAGAGAUCGUCCUCAACGACAUCCUAGGCUUUUUCCCGACCUACAUGCGCCCGCCCUUCAACAUCUGCGGCCCUGAAUGCCAGGCCGAAAUGGGAGAGCUCGGCUACCAUGUGACUGCAGCCGACCUUGAUGGACGAGACUGGGCAGGUAACUACACCUACACGGAAGAGAACUUCAUGGAGAAGAUCAAGGGCAAGAACCGCAACGGGGUUCGGGCCUGGUUGGGCCUGGCGCACGACACCCACGAAGGUACCGUGCAUAGAUACACACAGUUUAUGAUUGACAACGCACGGGCGCAUGGAUACAAGCUGGUGAGAGUAGGGGAAUGCUUGGAUGACCCGGAGGAAAACUGGUAUCGGGAUCCUUUGACGGGUGACAGGCCUGUCGAAAUGCCUCCCAGAGACAUGCCGUGA